AGAAAUCCUAUUGCCAUAUGUGUAGCCAAAUAACACUACAUUUCUAUAAUUCCUCUCUAACUAAGUAAUUUAUUUUAUUUUGUGAUGGCGAAGAUUGCCAUUGGAAACGCCGCCGAGGCUUACCAGCCGGAGACCCUUCGAGCAUUGGUGGUGGAGUUCAUUGUCACCUUCCUUUUCGUAUUCGCCGGUGUCGGCUCCGCCAUGGCCACCAAUAAGUUGAAUGGGGAUCCACUUGUGGGACUAUUUUUCGUGGCGAUGGCUCAUGCUCUAGUGGUGGCGGUGAUGAUUUCGGCCGGCUUUCGCAUCUCCGGCGGCCACCUCAACCCUGCCGUCACCCUCGGCCUCCUCGUCGGCGGCCACAUCACGGUGGUGAGGUCCAUUCUUUAUUGGAUUGAUCAAUUGUUGGCUUCGGUCGCCGCUUGCGCUUUGCUCAACUAUAUGACCGGCGGGAUGACGACACCAAUUCAUUCAUUAGCAAGUGGAGUGGGGUCCAUCCAAGGUAUACUAAUGGAGAUUGUGUUGACAUUCUCAUUGCUCUUCACCGUUUAUGCAACAAUUGUGGAUCCAAAGAAGGGGAACCUAGAGGGCCUAGGCCCACUCCUAACUGGGCUCGUCGUUGGGGCCAACAUCAUGGCCGGUGGCCCCUUCUCCGGCGCCUCCAUGAACCCGGCUAGGUCAUUUGGUCCGGCCCUUGUGUCGGGGGACUGGACCGACCACUGGGUCUAUUGGGUUGGGCCCCUUAUUGGGGGUGGUCUCGCCGGAUUUGUAUAUGAGAACUUUUUCAUUGUUAGGACGCACGUUCCUCUGGCUAGAGAUGAACCAUUUUGAUCAAAGAGUUGUUCAUGUCAGUGUUGUUAUCGUGGUUGAUUUUAUUUGUAGACUUUUCCUUGUUUUUUUUUGGUGUAAUCUUCAUUUGAAUUGUUGCUAGUUUUUCUCAUGUAAUUUUGUUUUUUUUAAGAUUAUUAUGAUGGUCGAGCAAUUAAUAAAAUAUGAAGUGUAAUAUUAGUGAUGAUGGA